AUGCUUCGUUACAUUCUUUUUUGUUUGAUUGACUUGGACGGCUUUCAGGAGCUGAUUCUGUCCGGCAACCAGCUUGGUGACCAGGCCGCGCGCGAGCUGCAUGGGGCCUUCAUCAAGGGGGGCCUGCGGGAGCUGCAGGUGCUCCACUUGCAGGACAACCCGCGAAUCGGCUGUGAUGGUAUUGCAGCGCUGUCCCAGGCCUUAUCGGCCCUGCCGUCUCUGGAGCAACUAGAUGUGUCCAGAUGCUACGUGGGGGAUGAGGGCGCUAGAUAUCUGGCCAAGGCUGUGUCAGUGCACCCGUCUCUGGCGUUGCUGGCCCUGGACAACUGCAAGAUCCGCGCGGAGGGAGCGGCCCACUUGGCAGCCGUGUUAGGUGGGGUCCCCUCGGAAGGUCGGGGAGCAGCAGGAGCUGGAGCCCCUCCACCUACCGGGGCAGCAGCGCUGGCGGCGGCACUGGGCUGCAACACCUGCUGCCUGACCGAACUGGACCUGCGCGGCAAUGGGGUGGGGCUGGCGGGAUGUAGGAGUCUGGAGGCGGUGCUGCGGGAGCGAAACACGCGGCUAAGGAGGCUCGAUAUGACGGGAAACGAAAUGGAGGAGGAGGCGCUGAAGUGCGAUACCCCGGAGCACCACAUAGGUGCGGCAGAAGAUGUCUUCCAGUUCUACAAGAGAAAUUCCUCGAAAAGGCCAUAUGGCAACAUAAAUGACCCCCUUUCUUCACCCCCGUGUGCAAGGGCAGGCGCUGGAGAACCUCGCAGCAGCAGCUGCACCCCGGAGUGCCCAAACAGCCGUGUGGCCAUGUGCUUCGGGAGCAGCCGCUUCACGAACCGAUGGGCCAGCGGCGGUGGCAUGGGCACCACAUUGUUCCGGGACACCUGCAUUGCAGCCACUAGCACAGCUAGCGCCAGUGGCCAGCAACAUGGACAGCGGGGGCAGUACCAAGGCACGGAAUUGGAGCAGCCGAUUUCUGCUUUGGCAACACUGGUUGGGGGAAAAGCUGCCUUGUCGGGGACCGGUUUGUUGGAGUCGAGCAUUGCCAGUGGAGCCGCAAUGGCCUCCGUCGCCACAGGUGCAUCAUCGGAGUCAGGGGCUGGUGAAGCAGCCAGUGCUCUCAGUGAGGAACGCAACAAGAAAGUCAACGGCGCCGUGCGGUUGAGAUGGACACAACAGCCGUUGUCACUGCCGCCGUGGCCGCCGCAGCUGCUGCUGCCGCCAGGACAGCCGUACCGUCCACCCCCUGUCAAAUCCAAGGUGUAUAUGCACACAUUUAGUGAUGGUAAUGAUAAGAGGUGCCCAACCCCUUCGAUUUCUAUUGCCGGGACAUAUGAUUUCAUCUCCCCUUGUGCCGGACGCGCGCCCCUGCGGAGGUCUUGGUACCUGCAAGUGUUGCUUCUCCCAUUCCCAUGUAUUGCCCUCACGUACAAUAAUGGGGGCCACCCGCUGCAGUACACGGCGUUGGAUCUCGGGAUCUGCCAAUAUAGUUUGGACAAACUCACGCACGAUCUCGUGGCGCAGACUCUCCGACUGCUGUGA